CAAACGCCCUUGGGUGUGCUUUACUUCAAGCAAACAGAAGUGGGCCCCGAUGAAAGUAGGGAUGCCUGGCUGGGGGUUGGGGGACACAAGUGCUCAGCAUCCAGCUGAGAGUCAGAUUCUUGGAGAAAGCCCCCUUCCUGUCACAGCACCCACACCAUUCUGAAUCUGCUCGCAGCCCAACGGCCUCGCCGAGGAUGCUCCAUUUAAAAGUGCAGUUUUUGGAUGAUUCCCAGAAGAUUUUUGUGGUUGAUCAAAAAUCAUCUGGAAAGGCACUCUUUAAUCUAAGCUGCAGCCAUCUCAAUCUCGCUGAAAAGGAAUAUUUUGGAUUAGAAUUCUGCAGCCAUUCUGGAAAUAAUGUUUGGUUGGAACUUCUGAAGCCCAUAACGAAGCAAGUCAAAAAUCCUAAGGAGGUUGUUUUCAAAUUUAUGGUGAAAUUUUUCCCAGUGGACCCUGGACAUCUUCGGGAAGAACUCACAAGGUAUCUUUUUACUCUUCAAAUAAAGAAGGAUUUGGCUCUGGGAAGGCUUCCAUGCAGUGACAACUGUACAGCUUUAAUGGUGUCGCACAUCUUACAAUCAGAAUUAGGAGACUUCCACGAAGAAACAAUUAGGAAGCAUCUAGUGCAAACCCAGUACUUACCAAGCCAAGCCUGUUUAGAGAGCAAGAUCAUGCAGUUUCAUCAGCAGCACAUAGGCCGGAGCCCAGCUGAAUCCGACAUUCUGCUACUGGACAUAGCAAGGAAGCUGGAUAUGUAUGGCAUCAGACCACAGCCUGCCAGUGAUGGUGAAGGGAUGCAGAUUCACCUGGCUGUUGCUCACAUGGGAGUACUGGUGUUACGGGGGAACACAAAGAUUAAUACUUUCAACUGGGCUAAGAUUCGCAAGUUGAGUUUUAAGAGAAAGCAUUUUCUUAUCAAACUUCAUGCUAAUAUUUUGGUGUUGUGUAAAGACACUUUGGAGUUCACCAUGGCUAGCCGAGAUGCAUGCAAGGCUUUCUGGAAGACAUGUGUGGAGUACCAUGCUUUCUUCAGGCUUUCUGAAGAGCCCAAAUCUAAGCCCAAAACUCUACUCUGUAGCAAGGGCUCCAGUUUCCGCUACAGUGGAAGAACUCAAAGGCAACUUUUGGAAUAUGGGAAAAAGGGGAGAUUAAAGAGCCUGCCAUUUGAAAGGAAACAGUACCCAUCUCAAUAUCAUGAACGGCAGUGCAGAUCAUCACCAGACAUUCUCUCUGAUGUGUCAAAACAAGUGGAAGAUCUGAGACUUACAUAUGGCAGCAGUUACUACCGAAAUGUGAAUGGAGUACAUGCAUCUGAGCCUGUGCUGGACAAUAGGAGGAGGAACUCUGCGGUUGAAGUGACAUUUGCAGCCGAGCUGGAGCAUUCCAAACCAGAGGCAGAGGCCACAUCGCUCCAUCCAUCCCAAAGCAGUUCCUCUUUCACCUUUAUUUAUGCAGAUCCUGUCUUUAACACUGACCCUGAGCCCAUAGAUUUCUUUGAGGAACGGAGUCCUCUAAGCUCCUUCCAAACAAACUCCAAGUUUGCGGAUGGUCACACAAGCAAAGUGAGUCCAGCAAGGCAGCUAACAUAUACCGAUGUGCCCUAUAUUCCUUGUACUAGUCAGAAGGUUGAUAUUAUGCCUCCCCAAGUCUUUUUCUAUGUGGACAAGCCACCCCAGGUACCCAGGCGGUCUCUGAUCAUGGCAGAGGAAAGUAUGAGACCAGACAGCUAUGUAGAUCCCAGUGCAAUAAAGCCAGCCAAAAGGAGCCCAAGGAAUAUGAGAAUAAAAAGCUUACAGCAAGACCUUCAAGAACUCCAAGAAGCUAUGGCUAGAACUAGUGCUAGAAGCACUAUCAAUGUAGAGCCAGAGGAGGAAGAUCCACAUUUAGAUGAUGCAUUUGCAUAUAACCUUCAAGAGCAAACUCCUAAACGAUCUCAAAGCCAAUCAGACAUGAAAACUAUCCGUUUUCCUUUUGGGUCAGAAUUUAGACCUUUAGGGCCAUGUCCUGCUCUGACUCGUAAAACUGAUCAGUUUACAUGUAUGUUUGCAGAGCAGGAGUUUCCAACAGUUCUAAUGGAUCAGAGCUCAGCAGAAAGGUAUGUAGUUAGUGAGUCCAGUGAUUCAGAAUCAGAGAUUCUUAAAACAGACUACUACUCUUUGUACGGCAAAGGAAAAAAGUCACCCAGGGCCCGAAUCCGCUUGUCUUCUGGUAGUCUGCAGUUAGAAGAAGAUGAAACUAUUUCUUUUGCCACACCAGGUGCUGAAGAUAGGACUUUGCUAAAGCCAUGCAAUUAUUUCUUAGCUUAA